AAAAGUUGGACGAUGGAGGAGCCGCCUGCUGUCAACUCCGUGUGCAUCCUUGGCCAGUUCGCACGCCCUGCUCGAGGGUAUAUGACCCAUCUGCACCGCGUUGAGACGGCUGCUGCACCCCUGUAUGCAAUCAGCACUCUGCCCAACGUGCUGCACCUUGUCGAAGGUACAAUGCUCAAGUGCACGAUUCAUGUCGAAGAAGCGAUAGUGGACGUUGCUUCGAUCGAUGGCAGCGUCGUCAUUGCAGGAGACGUCGGCAGCAUCUGGCAAGUCCCGUUGCCACGUUUCAGUGGCGCCAAGCCAAUUACGAUUGCAUUGUCCAGUCGCGAUGACGAAGGUAAAGUCGACACCGAUGCACUAGCUGCGUAUGGACAGACGCGUCAUGUGCGAGCAAACCGCAAGCGACCACUUGAUGCGCCACACGAGAAAGGUCAGCAUGGCCCCGUUCAUUGCGUUCCGGGUACUCGAAGCAUUUCUUGUUUGGUGGAGAGCGGUCUAUCGGUGGUCUUUGCGUUGAGUGUGCUGGUGCCCACGACUGCGCUGUCACUGCCACGCAAAAAUGAGGUUGAACGCCGCGAGUACGACGCCCUCGAUGGCGAAAUGGCGACUUGCAUGCUGUUGGUUUCAAAUGCAGGGAACAAAGCGGGGCAUCUCAAUGAGAUGAGUGGAGACAGAACGAGUGUCGCUGUGCUGCUCUUCCAAGGAGACAGGGAUGGCCAAGUACGCGUGGUUGCCCUGGACUCGAAAAUGACCGUCGUAUCCCAGCCAUCGACAUUUUGGUGCUUCAAAAACCAGCGAGUCUACCGUUUGUUUGGUGUGUCAUGGAGUUCUCUCGAUGCCGUCGACGCGAUUGCAAUCGUUGGUACUCAGGGACGCCUCGUGGUUGUCGGCUCCCACAAGCAGAUCAAGUGGGACGUCCAGCUCCAUUCGCCCAUUGACUGGAUCGAGUACGAUCGCGCGUCCAAGCAGUUUGUGUACAUUGUCCAUGGGCGAUGCUACAGACGCUCCCUGACUUCUCCGUCAACCGCCUGCGUUCCGCUCGGCCACAUUCCCCACGGUGUAGCAAAAGUUGCGCUGGGCUCCGAUCGGAAUGAAUUGUACGUGUUGCAAAGGUCGGGGAGAGUGUUUUCCACGUGCAUUCAACCCCACGAAGGGGAGACCCCGUUUAAAAGAGGCACUGAAAGUGCGCUGAAGGCUGAAGUGGCCAAGAUUACACAGGCCGAGUUCGACAUGCAUGCGUCGGGACAGAAUUCCUCGGCGUUAAGCAAAGCCAUUGACAAAGCAAACUCGACGAGAAAGUUCCUGCGGCUCUGUCAGGUCAAAGGCAUCCGCACGAUCAUGUCAUGCAAAGUUUCGGUGACGAGCAUGGGUCGAGAUGGCCGGACGCCUUGUGGGCGGCCCCCUGUGCUGGAGAUCUCGAUCCAAGUGGACAGAACAGCAGCUCCGGCGCUUCGGCUCACAGACUGGCGUGUGCUGGUGGUGCUGCGGGAACCCACGACGAAGACGACUCAUCAAUUCACGUACGUGUGGCCCGCGCUCGAUGUCACGUUUGUGAAAGCAAUCGCCGUCGAGCCAUUCAAGAUGUUUUGCUCUGGCGUGUCCAAUCUGAAGGUGCAGUGCUACCUGGUGCACGACGAUCGGCCCUUACCCUUUCACUUUACUCUGCUGGCAACGUCCUUGAACGCUUUGACAAUGGACGACGGCGCAUUUACAGCUCAAAACUCGCCCGGUCACAUGACCAAGUGGUACACUCCCACUCACGACGGCCAGGCGCAGUGGUGGAUGUGCUACGACGAGUACCGCCAUGCAUUUCUUGGCGCUUCUGCCGGAACAACUCCACUUCCACCGACCUCGAUGAACCUAGCCAUCUUGCCGGGGCCGUCUACACCCCCCCAACCAACCCUAUUGCGUGCGUUAUCUGCGCUGCAUGCCAACGACUCUUCGUCUUUAAAAUGUGCCUUGAACGACUUGACGAUCAAGCGAGUUGAUCGAGCUCGUGCUUUGGAUGCUCUGCACGUCUCCCUGUAUGUGGUGGAUUCCUCGAGCUUAGCUGCGAUCCGUGGGAGCUUCAUCGCGGCCGCAUUGGGGUCGCAAGAAGAUGGCACGUGUAUUGGUCUGUCAAGUCCCGUCCCGAAUGCCAGAGAACUCUUCCCUGGCGUAUCAGCGUUGGGUGCGACGUGGGUAUCGCUACGGGAGGCCCUUCUUCCAUCGUUCGAUUUCGACGGGACGUCGCAAAAGGAGAUUCUGUGGCUCGUGGGACAAGUUCUCCGCCUGGAGCACGACUUGUCGACGCUGUAUUGGUCAUCCCGAAAGGUUGACCAUUGAGUUCGCCAUGGGUACCUGCACAAGUUAAAAAUGUGUCGUCGUUCGACUCGCAAAUAUUUCUCCCAACUCCCGUGCCACCCCGUUCGUCAACAUGGACGAGUCCAGCACUCUAGGGCGAAACCCAACCAGCUCAUGUGAUCAAAAGCCUCCACGUCGACGAGCCCUCGUUAUCGUGUUACGAUGCGGUCGGUG